ACAACGAAAAACUUUUGUAAUUAAUUUUUGAAGAAGUGUACCGAUAAAGAUAAAUAUCAAAAGCUUAUCCCGUAAAAGAAAUACACACACACACACAAUAACUUAACUGAGUUUUCAGUUUGACCUUUCGUUUUUGUGAGAUAUUAAUGGAAUCUUGGCUUAAUUUGACUGGUGUAAAAUCAUCUAAGAUCAACGCUGAAGCUUCUGACUUUUAAUCUGUAAUUUAUGUAUUGUAAUGGCUUAUUCAUUGUUGUAUUUAAUUUUACAUAAUGUUUCUGGGAUAUUGAUAUUCCUCCUUUUUUUUUUUUUUUAAACCGAUAGAGCUUAUUAACAUUUGAUAUAUGUAACUCAUAAUUUUUAUUAUAUUUAAUAUGAGGAACUUUGUUUCAAGAAUCGUUUUUUCUACAAGUAAUGUAGAUGCUUCUCUGUGACAAGUAAUAAUUAUAAAAAGAGAGUAAUUGAUUUAAUUGUAAUUAUAUUAAUUGAUUGUUCGAUAAUGAAUAUUAGGUGUAUGUUUAUAUGUUUAUUAAAUAUAUGAUGGAUUACAGAAAAUUUGAGAUGGGUUCUCUUCAUGGUCCGGUUCUUUCCCCCAUGGUCCGUGCAAAACAAAUCGGAAUGUACUCUGUGCCGGUAAAAUCACCCUUAUCAAAUGCUAAGUUCAUCAGAAGUGAAUUCUGGGGGAUUAGAGGGAUCAACAGCGGUAAGAUAAAUGUAGGUUAUCAACAGGAUUCACCUAAAGGCAAGACUAUUAUGUGUAGUUUCAGUUCAUCUUCGAAUGGUAAUGGGAGCAUGGCUGGGAAUUCUAACGAAAAUGACGCUGAUUAUGUGAAUUCCAGUGUGGUUGAAGCUGUUGAGGUGAGGAGUAGCCCGGAUGGUUUCAUGAUCAAGAUGAGAGAUGGUAGGCAUUUGAGAUGUGUCCAUAAUAAUCCUCAAGGGGGUCAUCUGCCAGAUUAUGCUCCACAUCCAGCAAUUGUAUUGAAGAUGGAAGACGGAACGGGCAUUCUUCUUCCAAUAAUUGUUUUGGAGAUGCCAAGUGUGCUGCUAAUGGCAGCUGUACGCAAUGUCCAAAUUGCUAGGCCUACUGUGUAUCAAGUGGUGAAGGAUAUGAUUGAGAAGAUGGGCUAUACGGUGAAACUUGUUCGAGUCACCAAGAGGGUACACGAAGCAUAUUUUGCCGAGUUACAGCUUAUAAAGUUGGACAAUGAAGCAGAAUGUGUCAGCUUUGAUCUGCGACCUUCAGAUGCCAUUAACAUAGCUGUGAGAUGCAAGGUGCCAAUACAAGUCAACAAAUACUUGGCCUACAGUGAUGGCAUGAGGGUUAUUGAAUCUGCAAAAGUGCCCGUUCGGAGCUCUUUAUCAGAUGGUUUGCUAGUCACUGAAUUGGAUAGGCCUACUGGAAAGCCAUGCCUUGAAACAGAGGAGUUUGAUCUCGUGCGCAACAUGCUAAUUGCUGCAGUUGAGGAACGAUACAGAGAUGCAGCUCUCUUGAGGGACAGGCUUACUCAACUUCGGUCUAAGAGGAACUGGACAUAGGAGGUCAAAUAUUGUGUUAGCUUUUCCCAUCCUUGACCCAAAGAAAAAUGGGGAAACCUCGCUUUUUUUCUUUUUUCUUUAGGUGGUGCUGGUGGAUGACUUGUGUAUAUAGAAACAAUUGGUCCUGCAUCUUAAGCAAUUCAUUCCUUUGGUUUCAUCAAGAUGCAGGUCGAAAGCAUGUGUAUAUAUGUGUGUACAGAUAGAAACUAUAAUAUAAUGGCUGGCUUAUAUACUAGGUGAACUUCCUGGUUUAUCAUUAUAAUUCAUAAUCUAAGUUCCUAAGUUUUGUGA